ACAAAGUAUUUCACAACUGAAUUUCUUUACGUAGUAACUUUAUUAGUAUUAUGUGAUUUACGCUUUUGCUGUUAAGGAUUGCGAAUUGUUAAUGUUGUUAUGUGCUGCAGUGCGGAAACAUUUCAACACACCUUCUUCUGAAGCAUGACAUCGUAGUUUGAGUUUGUUUUGAUUUGAAAGAUGUCAGAUCUUGAAGUAUGUCGGUUUGCUUAUGAAGGAAAAUUUGAAAAACUAAAGGAAAGAAUUGAAAAAGACAGUUCGUGUAUUGAAACAAAGGAUGGGUCUGGACGUAUUCCACUUCACUGGGCUGCUUCAGGGAGUCAAAAAAAUAUAGUAAAUUAUUUGCUGGAAGAAGGCUCUACUGUAGAUGAAGGUGAUGAUAGUAAUUGGACACCAUUAAUGAUAGCUGCAUCUGUUGGAUGUUUAGAUAUAGUUGCAGCCUUAAUCAGAAAGGGUGCUGAUGUUAAUUCCAUGAAUCAAACUGGUCAGUCAUCAUUACACUAUGCUGCUUCCAAAAACAGAGAAGAAGUUGCAAAGUUAUUACUUGAUAACCAUGCCAAUAUUAAUGCAGCUGAUAAUAUGGGAAGCACCCCUCUUCAUAGAGCUGCAUCUAAAGGAAAUAUUAAAAUAAUGAAGGUGUUCUUGGAAGAGUAUGGUAAUCAACUUGAUCUCAAUCCCAGGGAUUGUGUUGGAAAUACUCCAUUGCAUUUAGCAUGUGAAGAAGAAAGAAUUGAAGCAGCUAAGUUAUUAAUUGAAGCUGGUGCUAACACAGAUACUUUAAACAAAGAAAAGAAAAGUGCAGUAGACAUGGCUCCACCACAAAUAAGACAGAGUUUGAGGAGAAUUAUAGAUUCUGUUUUGUAUCCUUGAGAGGAAAAUAUUUGGUUAAGUUCAUCAUUCAUGAAAGAAGAUUUAAAGGAAGUAGUAAUUUUUUAUAUGUGUUUACCACGCAUGACUUUGUAAUAAAUUACUUAAAAAACAUGUAUGCACUUUUUAAUAGCAUAAGAGUAUUCAUUACAUUGAAAAUUUAGAAUCAUAUAUAGCAGAAUGAGGGGAAAAUAUUUUUUAAUUACACCAAUCUAAGUAAAUUUUAGAGCCUGAAAAUGAUAUACAUAAAAUUUAGAAGAUAAAUUCACCUAAUAUAUUCCCCCCCCGGUCUUUUGUGUAAUAAUACUGUUUUAUGUACAAGGCAAUUGUUAAUUCCCUCCAGGAUUAAAAAAAUAAAUUGCAGUACAGUAACAAGUAUAGCAAAAAAUGUGCAUAUUAGUAAAUCAAAAUAUCUCCAAGCUCUUUAUUUACCAUGCAAGUGCUUAUUAUAUACAUGUAUAUAUCCUGAGUUAUAUUACAUAUAUACAUUUGUUUUACAUUACACAGACUAGCAGCUUCUGCAACCUUGUUAUAUCGUGCAUAAAGUUUCUUGGUCAUAGAUGGUUGUUUUAAUAUUCAGUUGAAUAUGUUUAAUAUUUGGUUUAAAAUCACAACCAGCUCACAUUUAUUGAAUUGUGUAACUCUUUUCUUCAGUAUUUCGUUCUCCAUGUUGUAAUUUCCUGAACCUGUAAACUGAAUAUUUACACUUUGAUACAUUGUGUAGAUUUCAGGUUGGCAGACUGUAGUAUUUGGUAUUUGACUAUAGUAUUCAAUAUUUUAUGGGUUAAUUUCCAUUUCUAUGCAUAAUAAAAAAUGGAGAAAAUGAUGAUAUUACAUGAAAUAAAUAGCAGAAACAGUUUACAGCACAACAGUUUGAAGAAUUUGAAUUAUUGAUAUUCCUCCCCCCCCCAUCUUUUGUGUAAUACAUUAGUUGGUUUCAUAGGAAAGAUGUCACCAGUAGUUGCAGUAAUACCUGAUGAGUAUGAAGGAUUGAAGUUCUAAAAGCUAUGUUAACCAUUCCUCACAACAGUGUGGAAUGAAGAUGUGCUUUUAGCAUUGUCAAAAAAAAAAAAAAAAAGUCUUGGUUUUGCUUAUUUGUAAUAACAGGAAAUCUUAAAAAUACCAUCAUUGGGUAUAACUGUUAUGAAGCUGAAUUUUCAAAAGCAAAAUUGCAUAUUCUAAAGUAUGCUUAAAUAAAUAUGAUUUUCAUUUU